CGGGAGCGCACAUUCGCUUUCAGACAACCGGUACGCGAACUACGCGCUUGUUUCACUUUCUGUUUUAUUCAAAAAUUGUUUCAGAUUAAAUUAAGUUAACAAUAGUUUAAUAAUGAAGGUGUUAAUAUUUUUUUUUAUUGUAAUCGCGACCGAUGUUUACGGGAGUGUUCCGGAUUAUUUCCCGCAUUGCAAGAAAAGUGACCCACAAAUAGAGAAAUGCUUUCUGGACGCCGUGGAGAGUAUGAGGCCAAGACUAAAGAGCGGCAUCCCAGAGGUCAACGUACCUGCCCUAGAUCCUUUCACAGUACCUACAUUGAAGUUAGAUAGGACCGCGUCGAAUCUACGACUGAAAGCCACUCUCAGGAACAUGAAGGCUUUGGGUGGUUCUAAUUUCAAGAUUGAAAAAUUCAAAUUAAAUCUGAACAACAAGUAUUUGGCCGAGGUGCGGUUGUCGAUUCCUAAGCUCGUUGUGGCUGGAGACUACGAUGUACGCGGCUCCCGCAUUCUGACUGUCGAUAUCAACGGCAAGGGCAAGCUUAGGGGCAACUUCAGUGCAAUAUACGUAGUGGCAAAAGGACUUGCGAAACCAAUCGUAAAAGACAACGUCGAGUAUCUCCAAGUGGAUAAAGUUAUCACAAAAGUAAAGAUUGGUCACGGUCACAUAGCACUGGACGAUUCUGAUAGUCCCGCGGCGGCAUCAUCAGCAGCAACUUUCUUCAACGCCAGUCCGGGUAUUGUGCUGGAUAUACUAAACCCUCUUGUAGAGGAGACCACGGCCGCGGUGCUGAAGGCAUUCUUGAACAAAAUACUCGGUGGUAUACCUAUAAAGGACAUAUUAACUGACGAAACAAACACCUCUUAAUUUUGUCAACUUUAACACAUUUACCGUAGGUUUUUGAGACCAAAAUCUCCGUUUAAAACACGUUUAAAGCAUGUAAAACAACAACAACAAACUAUAUGUUUUGUACAGGGAUUUUGGUCUCUGAAAAUAAUUGUGAAUCUUUAAGUUUAGUGUACUUUAUUAUAGAGAUUAUGAAAAUAAUUUAGCUUUGGGUUAAGUUAUUUGUAAGUAUGAUAGUAACCAAUAAAUCACUUAAAAAGAGCCAAAAAUAUGUAAAUAAUUUGAUUAUAUUGGAGAAAAUCGAUAAUUAA